AUGUCGGAAACUGCGCCUGUUGCAGCUCCUGCUGUCUCCGCUCCUGGGGCAAAAACCUCUACUAAAAAACCGAAAAAGGCGGCAGGAGGCUCUAAAGCCCGCAAGCCUCCAGGUCCCAGCGUGACCGAGCUGAUCACCAAGGCGGUGUCCGCUUCCAAGGAGCGUAAAGGGCUCUCUUUAGCUGCUCUUAAGAAGCUUCUGGCCGCCGGAGGGUACGAUGUGGAGAAGAACAACAGCCGCAUCAAGGUAGGAUUAAAGAGCCUGGUGAGCAAAGGCGUUUUGGUGCAGACAAAAGGUACCGGUGCUUCUGGUUCUUUUAAACUCAACAAGAAGCCUGGUGAGAUUAAGGAGAAGGCGCCGAAGAAAAAGCCAGCGGCAAAGCCUAAGAAGGCAGCUGCCAAGAAGCCCGCCAGCGCCGCCAAGAAGCCCAAAAAGGCUGCAGUGGCGAAAAAGAGCCCGAAAAAAGUCAAGAAACCAGCGGGUUCUGCAGUGAAGAAAGCAGCCAAGAGCCCGAAAAAAGUGAAAGCCGCCAAGUCCAAGAAGGCACCUAAGAGCCCGGCUAAGGCGGUGAAACCAAAAGCUGCCAAGCCCAAGCCAACAAAGGCCAAAACAGCGAAGGCGAAGAGGGCAGCACCCAAAAAGUAAAGUGUAAAUUUGAAGAGAAUUUCUGACCCAACGGCUCUUUUAAGAGCCACCCACAAGUUUCAAAAAAAGAGCAAAAAUUGCUAUACUCGAUAACAUUGUGUGUGAUUUGAAGGUAUCCAGAGUACUCGCUUUGUUAUAGAAGUUGGGUAUAGUGAGUAUGUACAAAGGGAAAGAAUGCUCGUUCUUUCCGGUUUACUAUUAGGAUCAUUUCCUGGGCAGUUUUAAAUAAAAAUAUAGGGAGUGAAGAAGGUUGUAGCGCCGGGAAGCUAUCGCUAAAACUCCCUUACCGUGACACGCUUCUAGGUAGCUAGAAGUCAGCUGGUUAGGGGCGGGGUGCUUAGCUCCCAGUAGAUUCUAUAGUGCUUAGUUCUAGCCAUUUAGACCAGUACUGACAAAAUAAGAAACCGAGAACUACGCACUUUCUCCGUGCUGUUGGCUAUCUCCUCUCUGAUUGGCUGAUGGUGCAGAUAUGGAUAAAUCUUAUUGGACACGUCCGAAGUUUUGAAAACCCCGCGCGCUCUGAGAAGAGCGCCCAUCCUUUUCUCUGAUUUGAUUGAUCACAAAAACUGUCGUCACCAACGACCCGAUCCUUGAAACGCUCGCUCCCUGAAGGAUCCUGACUUUCCUAUUUCCAGCCCCAUUCCUCUAAAGCACUCGUCUUUCAAAUACUUUCCCCCAACUAUUAGAGAGACAAGGUGGGUAAGAUAAUAUCUUUAAGCUUGUCUCUCCUACCAGUGGAACUUGGUACAACAUAAGAUAUUACCUCACCCACGUUGUCCUUACAUUCUGGGACCGACACGGCUACAAGAAGACUGAAUUUCCCAUCCCAAUUGCAUCGUUAUUGCUCAAUUCCGACAGUUCCUGGCGCCCACUUCCUGAAAACUAUUUUGUUUUGUGUGUGUGUGUACUUGUCUCACUGUUUCUUUUUCAGACUGACCUAUUUAUGACUCCUGAACACUAGUCCCAGGGAACAAGCAGGGCGAUAGACCAGGGUGGUUUUUUUUGUUUGUUUAAUUUUUUUUAAUGUAUUCACAUUUCCAAUCUUGUAUUAAUUCGAGAUGAUUUAAAGGUGAGGACGAGCUAAAUUCCUUUCCCCUCAGAUUGAUUACGUAUGCAAUCCAGAACCCACCAAUUCUUCUCUUUACGUUUAAAGUGUAGAUAAAGGACAGAUGGAGAAUGUACCUGGAUUCAUUUACAAUACUUCCAUAAACUGUUUCCUCGUAUUUUUCUUACUUCCCAGCACAAAUGUACCCUAGAACCAAGACGCUUCUUCGGUUUUUACUGUAUUGGAUUAAACAAUUUCCCUGUUUGUUAUUGCUGUAAACAAUGCCAGCUAUUUCAAGUGCAACGUAAUAGUUCAUCAAGAGUUUUGAGUUAACUUGAGAAUGUGUGAUUUAAACAAGAGUUAUUACAUCAUUGACUAUUUCAUCUGCGGAAAGUCUUAUCAGGCAAACUGACAGUUAAAUAACGCAAAACGGACAAAAGUAGUAAGGAGCAUUUAUAUGGAUACUGAAUGCCCCCCUUCAACAGAAAGAUAAGUAAAAGAAAGCAGUAACAAAGGAUAUUUAUAACAUACUUUUACUUUCAUCAUUUGAGUAUUGUAUACAGUAAAUUUUAUUCUUAUUUCUUGUAUUUACGUGGAUUUUGGUUCCUCAAUAGGACAAUACAUUUUUAAACUAGAGUAAUUGCAAUUAAUGUAUUUCCAGCAUCAAUAACUAACACCAAAACUAAAAACGCAGAAUAAAAUACAUGUGUUAAAACAA